GAAUUGUCCAUUACGUUAUGCUUGUUCUACAAAUACACUGGGAGCUCAAGAGAGGGAAGACGUAAUGGUGUUAUUUCUUGUGCCCUUGCAAUGGUCAUCGUCCUAAUAUUACUUGACAAUUUCCACAACCGUGAUUCAUCAUGAAGGCGGGGGCAUCGUCGAUGUGGGCGUCCUGCUGCGGGCUGCUGAACGAGGUGAUCGGGACGGGCACGGUGCGGGCGCAGCAGCCUGGCUUCGGCGCCGGGGCGGGGCCAUUCCGCUUCGCCCCCAGCGCAGGGUACUCCACCUACCCCCCCACCACCUCAGGGAGCGCCGGGCAGCUGUGCAAGGCCUGCGGACUGGCCUUCUCUGUGUUCAGACGCAAGCACAUGUGCUCGGACUGCAAGAGGAGCUUCUGCGCUCUGUGCUCGGUGCCGCAGGAGGACCUGCGCUGCUGCACCACCUGCCACCUGCUCCGCGCCACCUGCUUCCAGCGGCCGCGCCUCAUGCAGCUGCGCGUCAAAGACCUGCGCCAGUACCUGCUCCUGCGCAACAUCCCCACGGACACCUGCCGGGAGAAGGAGGACCUGGUGGAUCUGGUGCUCUGCCACCAGGGGGCAGCGGGCACCCCUCGACCGCUGGGUGCGAACCAGGAGCAGGAGGAGGAGGGGGAGGAGCUUGAGGAGGAGGGGGAGGAGCUUGAGGAGGAAGGGCCGGUUGAUACGGACAGUCUUCACUCGCCGGCUCACUCGCUCCAGGCCACGCCCCCGUCCCCCGCACGCUCCCCGUCCGAACUGUCGGUGGUGUCUGCCUCUCAGGAAGACGCGCUCAGCCGGAGUGACAGCUCAGGGACCCCUAGUCAGGACCACGUGGAGAUUCCGACUGUGUCGCUUCUGAACCUGGAACCCGUCGAGAACAUCCCAGAGGUCAGCCCGGCCACACAGAGGAGGGUGCGCGCCUCUCUCUCUGACCUGGAACACGAAGGAGACAUCAAGAACCUGUCUGUCCGCCAGCUCAAAGAGAUCCUGGCCAGGAACUUUGUGAACUACUCCGGCUGCUGUGAGAAGUGGGAGCUGAUGGAGAGGGUGCAUCGGCUCUACCGGGAGAACGAGCACAACAGGAAGUCCAUGGAAAAUGUCAGCAACAGCAUAACAGCAGUGGUGGCGUAUCCUCGUCCAGGGUGUAAUGGCGGGGUUGGAGACGGCACGAGGACGCAGCUGGCGCUGGACGACAACCUGUGCCGCAUCUGCAUGGACGCCGUCAUCGACUGCGUGCUCCUGGAGUGCGGUCACAUGGUCACGUGCACCAAGUGUGGCAAGAGGAUGAGCGAGUGCCCCAUCUGCCGGCAGUACGUGGUGAGGGCCGUGCACGUCUUCAAGUCCUAGCUCUGCCGAAGGACGGCUGCUGUCGGGGGGCGGGGGAGGGGGGGGGCGGGGGGGCGACUGCACCUGUGGGGGACGAGCGUGCACGUGCCAGACUCGGCAGCGGGGUCGGACAGGCUGAGGCCGUGCACCUCGGCGAGCCCUAACGCCACAGGGCGCGUACACGCCCCUCCCUCGUCCUGACACUCCUCACUGAUGGCUCAUCGUGGUACUGACUCUAGCUCUGACCCCCCGCCCCAAAUCCCCCCCACCCCACCCCGAACCCCCCCUGCUGCCGCACACACUCCGCCCCGGACGGCGUUCCUCUCAGCCAGGAUCCAAAAAACAACAACCACCUUUUUCUUUUACACAGCUCUUCACCUUACCUAGUAGCGUUGUGUAGACACGCGGACAGCUAUGGGUCUCACGGAUACUUGAGGAGGUUUGGUUGUGCUUGGUGUCGGUCUGUAGAGGGGCGGUGGGGCUGACGGCGGAGAAGCAGAAUUCCCAGGUUAGAGUCGCUAUGGUUUACACGCUCAUUCCCUGUCCAGCCAGACCACACGCGUCCCGUCCCCUCUGUGUUCUUUAGAAUGUGCAAUAUGAGAAGAGAAAGAUGCUUUUGUUGUGAGUUUUCCGUAACGUUUGUGUGACUGAAGAACUGACUGUCCAUAUGGGCUCUAUCAGGCUGCAUAUGUCCAGACAGAUUUAACGGUGUGGUGUUGGUGGUACAGACUGUAUACACACAUAUAUAUAUAUAUACACACACACACACACACACACACACACACAUAUAUACACACACACGAUGGUGUACAAGGUGCCAAACCUCAUUCCACUUGUGCAGAAAGUUCUAGAACACCUUGUCGUGCUGUGUCAGCACCCACCUGGGAGGAGCCAAAAGUGCAGCAUCCGGAGCAGACAACUCCAGUGAUUGGCUGGAUUUCAUCCUACAUUAAUCAAUAUUAGCAUCCAUUAGCAUACUGUAUAACCACUGCAGACGCAGCCCUGCACUUGACAACGAUCCCGCCUGCUGAGAAAGCCAAGAGAAAGGCCAUUCAACAUCAGCAGAUCUCGUUCAGCUUGGCGAAGUCUCGCGUGACUUGGUCGGGGAUGAGCCUCGCAGUGUUUCCUGUGUUAUUUGUACGUGUGUCUUUUGUUUUGAAGUCAGACUAGUUGUGUGAUUCAGCUGUUUAACUCAAGCAAUAUCAUACCACUUCCUGUCCACUUCCUGUCCAUUUCCUGUCCCCCAGGUGUUCGUCUGCUUGUGCUACCCAUCCACUGUGUCAUACCUUUCAUGAAGUAGGUAUCAGGUGCUAAUUCCCGUUUUUCAGCUUUUGUUGUUCACAUAUAUUUGAUCAUGUUGUGGAUGUGUCUUUUGAUAUGCACAUUUUAAAAAGAGGAUACCUAUUCUCAAUCUUUAAAUUAUUUUUGUUUAAUUCUACACUGCUCAACUGUCUGUUAAGUAUCUACUUAUGCCUGUUAACAUAGAGAAAAAGCUUACUGCUGUAAAUGAAUUGCGUAUGAUAGCUAAUAUUGUUGUUUGCCAAUAUAUAAGUUAUUGAAUGAUAAAUGUAUAUUUUUCCAUUUGCUUUGGAAGACUGAAUAUACUUUAGCAUUAGAGGUUUCAAAUGCAGUUCCAGAAUGUAAAAUGCCCUUAUUUGGUCAGAGAAAUAUGACUCUCAACCAAUCAAACGCCAGAGAGCUGUCUGAUCAUGUGACAUCUCACAAUUAAAGCGUCAAUUUUCCUUUGAAGCAUUUUCUGUCAUCAUCUGCUAGAUAUCCACAAGAGAGAUCCCUGUACCCGACACAACGUAGCAAACGUUUGUGUAUACAUGUAUGUCAUGCUGCUAUUUCUUAAAAACAUGUCACUUGUGGGCAGCUAUAUCUACGUACAAUGAGUUUAUGUGCACUCCAUGAAACUGGGAUCUUUGUAUUUUGGAAUGUUAAACUUUUUAUUUUGGUAACUAAAAGAAAAUGAUUUACUAGAUUUAAUAAAAUACUGUGCAUUAAAC